CGAGCGGCCUGGGGAUGCCCGAGAUCAGGGUGACGCCGCUGGGCGCCGGGCAGGACGUGGGCCGCAGCUGCAUCCUGGUGUCCCUGGGCGGCAAGAACGUCAUGCUCGACUGCGGCAUGCACAUGGGCUUCAACGACGACCGCCGCUUCCCCGACUUCUCCUACAUCACCCGCAACGGCCGCCUCACCGACUUCCUGGACUGCGUGAUCAUCAGCCACUUCCACCUGGACCAUUGCGGGGCGCUGCCGUACUUCAGCGAGAUGGUGGGCUACGACGGGCCUAUCUACAUGACACAUCCCACCCAGGCCAUCUGCCCCAUCCUGCUGGAGGACUACCGCAAGAUCGCCGUGGACAAGAAGGGCGAGGCCAACUUCUUCACCUCGCAGAUGAUCAAGGACUGCAUGAAGAAGGUGGUGGCUGUCCACCUGCACCAGACGGUCCAGGUGGACGAGGAGCUGGAGAUCAAGGCUUACUAUGCAGGUCAUGUGCUGGGCGCUGCGAUGUUCCAGAUCAAAGUGGGCUCUGAGUCGGUGGUCUACACGGGGGAUUACAACAUGACUCCCGACCGACAUUUGGGAGCUGCCUGGAUUGACAAGUGUCGCCCCAACCUGCUCAUCACAGAGUCCACUUAUGCCACCACCAUCCGUGACUCCAAGCGCUGCCGGGAGCGUGACUUCUUGAAGAAGGUACACGAGACCGUGGAGCGCGGCGGCAAGGUGCUGAUCCCCGUGUUUGCCCUGGGCCGUGCCCAGGAGCUUUGCAUCCUGCUGGAGACCUUCUGGGAGCGCAUGAACCUGCGGGCGCCCAUCUACUUCUCCACGGGCCUCACGGAGAAGGCGAACCACUACUACAAGCUCUUCAUCACCUGGACCAACCAGAAGAUCCGCAAGACCUUCGUGCAGAGAAACAUGUUCGAGUUCAAGCACAUCAAGGCCUUCGACCGGGCGUUUGCCGACAACCCAGGGCCCAUGGUCGUGUUUGCCACCCCGGGGAUGCUGCACGCAGGCCAGUCCCUCCAGAUAUUCCGCAAGUGGGCGGGGAACGAGAAGAACAUGGUCAUCAUGCCUGGCUACUGCGUGCAAGGCACUGUGGGCCACAAGAUCCUCAGCGGGACACGCAAGCUGGACAUGGAGGGGCGACAGUUGGAGGUAAAGAUGCAGGUGGAGUACAUGUCCUUCAGCGCCCACGCCGAUGCCAAGGGCAUCAUGCAGCUGGUGGGCCAGGCAGAGCCCGAAAAUGUGCUGCUGGUGCAUGGCGAAGCCAAGAAGAUGGAGUUCUUAAAGCAGAAGAUCGAGCAGGAGUUCCGUGUGAGCUGCUACAUGCCAGCCAACGGCGAGACGGUCACGCUGCCCACCAGCCCCAGCAUUCCGGUGGGCGUCUCACUGGGGCUGCUUAAGCGGGAGAUGGCGCAGGGGCUGCUCCCUGAUGCCAAGAAGCCCCGACUCCUGCACGGAACUCUCAUCAUGAAAGACAGCAACUUCCGGCUCGUGUCCUCGGAGCAGGCCCUCAAGGAGCUGGGCCUGGUGGAGCACCAGCUGCGGUUCACCUGCCGCGUAUACCUGCACGACUCCCGCAAGGAGCAGGAGACUGCAGCGCGGGUCUAUAGCUACCUUAAGAGUACCCUCAGGGACCGCUGCGUGCAGCACCUGCCCGACGGCUCCGUGACUGUUGAGUCCAUCCUCGUGCAGGCUGCGGCCCACUCGGAAGACCCAAGCACUAAGGUGCUACUGGUCUCUUGGACCUACCAGGAUGAAGAGCUGGGGAGCUACCUCACGUCACUGCUCAAGAAGGGCCUGCCCCAGGCCCCUAGCUGAAGCCCUGCAUCCUGGUUCUGCUUUACUCAGUCAGAGACAAGUGGAGCGGCACUUUUCACCUUUAUUUCUGUUUCUAAGUAAAGUCUGUCCCAUUUCUAGUAAAAACAGGACUGAAGGCUG